UCAUCCCUGGCAGGACAGCUGACUUCAGGAAGGACCAAACAAGUAACGGGAAAAUGACGCGUCCUGUGAUAUUCCUGGCAAUCUGUUCAAUAGUUUUGUUUAAACUUGCCAAUGGCUACAAGGAGAUUCACGGACUGAAUGGAAAGCUUUUUCCUAAAGCAGCGACUUUUAACUUCCCGGAGUGCUAUAAGGAAACUAGCAAGAAUGAAAUAACCUACCAUGAACUGGAGGUGACUUGUGACCAGCACGCCCAGUGCAUAAACCUCAGUCCCGUGGGCGUGGCCAAGAUCAACUGCAUCCGACAGUGUAUUUCGCCAUCCUGCUACCAGGACAUCUACGCCUUCAACGAGCUGGAGGAGGGCGAAAUCGAUGCCCGGCUAAAUUCGUUUAAGGGCUGUGUUAUCCAGCGCAUGUAGCAGCGACCCCAGUUGUUCAAGGAGUACUUUAUCUUCAAGUGGCUGGAGCUACCCGGAAUCACCUAUUAAAUUUAGAUCAUGGUCUGUGCCGAGGACUCGCAUUUAAAGGAUAGAAAUAUCGCAGGCUGAUUGUGAGGAUAAACGCUCUUCAACUGAAUUUCAGCUGAAUUGUAUGGACUUUCUGUUGUAAUUUUGUAGAGUGAUAUUCCUGUAUUAUCCCAAAAAUAAGAUUAACUUUUGUAUCGUCUAUGCGAUCAAAAGACUGCCUUUAAUUCCAAAGCCAAAUUAAGAAAUA